UCAUACUCACAAUGAAUAACUGACACAAUAAAACCAUAAUAAUAAAACGUAAUUAGUAAUCACAAUGAUUGCUGACGAAUAGCUAUAACUAAAUGUUUAUUACCAUUAUUAUGAUGUUUAAUAGCUAUUAUUAUUUUCAUUUUAGUUAAAGUGUAUAACUAGACCAUUUCUUUCAGUGCAGCUAACAUUAAAAUGUGUUCUAACAAUUUAAGAGAAUUGAAAUUACAAGAGGGAGAAGGUUUACAAUAUUCUCUACUUAUUUCUGAAGACGAAUAUCAGCGCGCAACAACAGAUAUAACAUUCGCACAAGAACUUUUAGAUAGUUAUAAAAGUGCAGAAGAUUUAGAGUCUCAACAUUCAAGUGCAUCAACCAGUUCUACUGCUGCACAAGCCAACAAAUCUUCUUCCUCAAAUGAGGCAUUUUGGACGGAUGCUGAGACAAUAUUACUAAUAUCGCUAUAUAAUGACAAUAAAGUCACAUUUCAAAAUGCAACAAAAAGAAAACAUCUGUGGGUGAUUAUUUCGGAACAGAUGGCAGCACAUAACUAUUACCGGGCUCCUGACAAACUCGAAAGAAAAUGGACGAACUUAAUGCGAGUGUACAGGUCCAUUAAGGACAAUAAAGGUCCAAGGAAAAGUGGACGAGGGGCUGUCCAUUAUAAGUACUUUGAACUAAUUGAUGAAAUCCUGGGUGAUAAUAAUAAUAAUAAUAAAUAGUCUUUAUUGCAUUAAGAAAGAAUAUAUAAAAAAAUUAUGAAAAUUAAAUGCGGGGCGAGAUUCAGUUACAGGGGGUAGCUUCCCUGUAGCUGCUCUUCCACCUAAACCCCACGAUAGGACACACAUUCUGGUGAAAACAAAAUAUAUGGCGGUAUAGAUAAAUAUAACUCAACAUGACUUUCAAAAUUUUUCAUUUCACACGAAAGAUAAUAAUCUGAAGGACACUAAGUGGCCAUUAGUAGUUUUUGUUUGACUUUACGUUUGAAUUGGGCAGCUGGAAGUAUGGAGAUGCAACGAGGUAAUCCGUUAUAGAGGUUGGCAACUUGGUAAGUGAAUGAGCGUUCGAAAGCAGUCGUUGUGUGCUGUGGUGGAGUAAGCAAACCUCUAUAACGGAGAUUCAAGUUGUGUACGUCGGUGCGAAAAGUGAUUUUAUUAUACAGGUAAGAUGGACUUUGAUUCUGAAUAAUUUUAUGAUAAAGGCAUAGUGACCUUAAUUUACGUUCUCCCUUCAUAUCCAACCAUCCGAUCUCUUUACGUUUAUGAGUGAUGGGUGCUCCCCUUCUUAUGCCAAACAUUAGCCUCAAGCAAGAAUUCUGUAACACUUGAAUUUUCUUAGUAUCACUAAACCGUAAACUAGAGUUGUAUAAUACAUCACAAUGAUUCAGUUUUGAGAGGACUAAUGUUUGGCAUAACAGAGAUUUGGUGGAAUAAUUUAACACUCUUCGGUUACUGUAUAUCAUUUUUAGUGCUGCAUAACCGUUUCGGAUACACUGUGACACGUGAAGGGAAUAUCUGAGAGAGGGUUCAAACGUAACACCAAGAUUUUUAAGAUGACCACUGGGAGUUAUUGUCUGAUUUCCUAUUAAAAUUUCAAAAUCUGUACUCACUUUAUGUCUACCCACCAACAUGACCGCAGACUUCCCUGUAUUAAUGGUUAAGCAGUGAUCAGCAGAAGUAGCACAAAUUCGUUUAAGAUCUUCAUUAAUUAAUUUAGCAGCUAACGUCGCGUUUUGAUGCUUAAAAGAAUAAUAAAGCUGCAUAUCAUCAGCAUAAAGAUGACAGGUAGUGUGCUGUAAAACUUCGGGAAAUCGGGAGGUGUAAAUAGUAUAGAAUAAAGGGCCCAGUAUUGACCCCUGAGGGACACCUCUAUUGAUACUCAUAAACUGGGACACUUUAUCAUUACAUUUUACAGCUUGUUGGCGGUCUUUCAAGUAACUUUUGACUAGGUUUAUCGCUGAGAUAUCAAAGCCAAUAUAAUGUAAAAUAGCCAAGAGGGUAUCGUGAUCGAGAGUGUCGAAGGCCUUGGAGUAGUCAAUUAAUACCAAUGCGGUCACUAAACCAUCAUCCAUAGCUCUAAAUAUAUCAUCUGUAACCUUAAGGAAU